AUGUUUGCAGUACAUCUCUUGGCCUUUUAUCUUAAAAAACUUCAGGAAGAUCAAGUUCGAAAGGUAGAUCGCUUCCUCUACAACAUGCAUCUCAAUUCUGAGCAGCUACAAGACAUCAUGGCUCAAUUUGACAAUGAGAUGAGGAAGGGACUAUCCACCAUUGAGACUUCGACUGUUAAAAUGCUGCCUACCUUUGUACGGUCAACUCCUGAUGGGACAGAAAAGGGAGAUUUUUUGGCAUUGGAUCUAGGAGGCUCCAGAUUUGAGGUGCUACGGGUCAAGGUAUCAGAAGAUGGGCGGCAGGUGAUACACACAGAGAGACAGACGUACCCCAUGUCAGACGAAAUGAAGCAAGGCAACGCCCCAGAGUUUUUUAAUUAUGUUGCCGAAUGCUUGGGAGAUUUCAUGGAGAAGCAGGAAAUAAAAGGCAAAAAGCUUCCGCUUGGUUUCACCUUUUCCUUUCCCUGCAGACAGACCAGGCUGGAUGAGGCUUUUCUCAUUUCGUGGGGUAAGGGAUUCAAGAUCAAAGGAACCAAAGGAGCAAAUGUGAUCUCUCUGUUACGCAAAGGAAUUGAACAGCAGGGGGACUUUGAUGUGGAUGUUCUGGCUUUGGUGAACGACACAGUGGGAACCAUGAUGUCUGGUGGAUUUGAUGACCCAUACUGUGAAGUUGGUGUUAUUGUUGGUACUGGAACUAAUGCCUGUUACAUGGAGGAACUGAGCCACAUAGAAUCUGUAGAAGGUGACAUAGGACGGAUGUGCAUUAACACGGAGUGGGGAGCAUUUGGCGAUGACGGCUCGUUGGAAGACAUCAGGACAGAAUUUGAUCGGGAAUUGGACUCUGGCUCCCUCAAUCCAGGGAAACAAUUGUUUGAGAAAAUGAUUUCUGCAAUGUACCUGGGAGAAAUAGUAAGACUCAUCCUGGUCAAAAUAGCUCAAAACGGUAUGCUGUUCAAAGGCAACACUUCAUUGAAACUCCUCACUGAGAGAUCAUUUGGCAUUCAACAUGUGUCUGCCAUCAUGAACCAUAAAUCUGGGUUGGAGAAUGCCAUGCAGAUACUGACAGAUCUGGAUCUUAACCCUUCUGAAGAAGACUGCCUGGCUGUGCAACACAUUUGCACGAUUGUAUUGUCUCGUUCGGUCAGUCUUUGUGCAGCCACACUGGCUACCAUUUUGAUCCGUUUGAAAAGAAAUAAGAAGGUGAAGCGACUCAGAACAACCGUGGGCAUUGAUGGGACGGUGUACAGAACCGUGCCCCAGUACUCAAAAAACCUGCACAGAAUGGUUAGACGGUUGGCUCCUGAGUGUGAUGUACGUUUCAUUCUGGUUGAGACUGGCACAGGGAAGGGUGCUGCCAUGGUGACUGCAGUAGCCUACAGGCUAGUGCAUCAACGUAAAUACCAGGAGAAGACACUGGCACCAUUGAAGCUCACCCGGGAACAACUGCUGAAGGUAAUGAAAAUGAUGAGGAGUGAAAUGGAACAAGGACUGAAAAAAGAGACCCACAGCACUGCCACAGUUAAAAUGCUACCCACCUUCAUUCAGAAAUUUCCUGAUGGGACAGAAAGAGGCAAAUUCCUUGCACUUGAUUUGGGUGGAACCAACCUCCGUGUCCUGCUUCUUGUGCUGCAGAGAAGGCCAAGGCGAUCCACUCAAGUAUACCAGAAAAGCUAUCGUAUUCCUAUGGAGAUAAUGCAGGGAACAGGUGAAGAGCUGUUUGACUACAUUGCGGAGUGCAUCGUUGAAUUCCUCGACUAUAUGGGUAUGAAGUGUGCUCAGCUACCCUUGGGCUUUACAUUCUCCUUCCCUUGUGUUCAGCAUCAGUUGGAUCAGGGUUUUCUUGUUAACUGGACCAAAGGCUUUAAGGCCACUGAUGUAGAAGGAAAUGAUGUUGUUACUCUAUUAAAAGAAGCCAUUAAAAGACAUGGAGAGUUGGAUCUGGAAAUUGUGGCGCUUCUGAAUGACACAGUCGGCACCAUGAUGACUUGUGCAUAUGAGAACCCUAACUGUGAAGUCGGAAUGAUUGCAGGAACAGGUUCCAAUGCCUGCUACAUGGAAGAAAUGAAGAACAUAGAAAUAGUGGAAGGAGAUGAAGGCAGGAUGUGCAUCAACACAGAGUGGGGAGCAUUUGGUGACAAUGGGUGCUUGGACGAUAUCCGCACAACCUUUGACAGACUUGUGGAUAUCAAUUCAUUAAAUCCUGGAAAACAGAAAUAUGAAAAAAUGAUCAGUGGAAUGUAUUUGGGGGAAAUUGUGCGCAACAUAUUGAUAAACUUCACAAAGCAUGGGCUUUUAUUUAGAGGCCUCGUCUCACCUGUACUAAAGACUGUUGGCAUUUUUGAAACCAGCUAUAUAUCCCAGAUAGAGAGUGACCGCCUGGCCCUGCUCCAGGUUCGCACAAUCCUUCAGAAUCUUGGCCUCGACAGCACUUGUGAUGACAGUAUCAUCGUUAAGGAGGUGUGUGGUGUUGUUUCCGAAAGAGCCGCCCAGCUCUGUGGUGCAGGAAUGGCCGCUGUUGUUGACAAAAUAAGGGAGAACCGGGGCUUGGACCACCUGGAGAUCACCGUUGCUGUUGAUGGAACUCUCUACAAGCUACACCCACAUUUUGCCACAAUCUUGAAGGAGACAGUAAAGGAUCUGGCUCCAAAUUGUGAUGUGACUUUCAUGCUUUCUGAAGAUGGCAGUGGAAAAGGUGCAGCUCUUGUUACAGCAGCAGUUAAAAGACCCGAUUAAACCUGUCACCAACAAAGCAACAGGCAGGGCUGCAAAAAUUACUUAUUGCAAAUCAUCCCUGGUUGUGACAUUGUUAUCAGUUAAUCAAUUUUCCUGAUAUAAAUUUAUUCCUCAAAAUGGAAUUUUUAAGGUACAAAGCUGAUUAAAUUAUAAUUUCACCGAUCUCUUCAAUGUCCCUGCUUAUUUAAAUUUGUAACAAUAUGACCAUUGUGGGGAA